UAUGAAGGAAUUAGAAAAGGGCAAUUUCGGUGAUGAUGGAAACAACGAAAGGAAAGUCGCCGGCGCAGUUGGGAGAAGAAGGGGUUAAAGAGAUGAGAGUAAUGGUGGGUAUUGACGAAAGUGAUGAGAGUUUCCAUGCGCUCCAAUGGACCCUCGACCACCUUUGUGGUCGGAUCACUGGCACUGCUGCAGCUAACCAGGAUGGUUUGCGGCUCAUAACUCUCAGCCUAGUUCAUGUUCACCAGGGUUUCCACCGACUCUAUGUUCCUGCUGGACCAGGAGGUACAGUUUCAACAGCGUAUUACAUACCAGCUUCCGUUGAGGAAUCAAUAAAGAAAGGUCAAGAACAGAUUUCCAAAGCAUUACUCUCCCGUGCAUCCUAUCUGUGCAAAGAUAGACCGAAUGCUGCAGUGGAGACUUUGAUAUUUGAAGGGGACCCCAAGGAAAAGAUAUGCCGAGCAACCCAAGAAAUGCAUGUGGAUCAUCUUGUGGUAGGCAACCGGAACCUCGGAAAGAUUAAGAGAGCUUUCUUAGGCAGCGUGAGUGACUAUUGUGCACACCAUGCCAACUGCCCCGUCCUUAUUGUAAAGCAGCCAUCGAAAGAAGUAAGCAAGUGAAAGGCUAAAUGCAGUGGUGAAGGUCCCACUUGAGUUUUCUUCUCACUUAGAAAUGUGUUUUUUUCCCUUUUUUUCACGAGGAUAGAAUUGGCACCACUUGACUACAAUUUUUUUUU